CUGUUUUCAGUCCACACACCCCUUAUCACCAUGGCUUCGCUUCAUCCGUUCAAGUUUCGGUCGGCGACGAACCACACACACCACCGCACGCGUGCAAUUACCGGUGUCGCGUGCAGCAAGCCCCGCACGUCAGACAUCGCCACACACGGGCCGCACGUACAUGCUACCGCAGCGCCGCUCAUACUAGCCGCAAUUUCAACACUCCUAACUGCGGCACCAGCAUUUGCUGCCGGAGCGCCGGAGCUUUUCACCAAUAAAUGUGCAGGCUGUCACAUGAAUGGCGCCAACGUCCUAGCCGUGGGCGCGACUCUCUUCCCCGAUGACCUUCGGAGGAACGGCGUCGAUAGCUCCGAGGCGCUCUACAAGAUCAUUUACAGCGGCAAGGGCAAGAUGCCCGGCUUCGGCAAGGAGUGCGCACCCAAGGGCGCCUGCACUUUUGGGCCGCGGCUUUCGGAUGAGGAGGUAGCUGCUCUUGCGACAUACGUGCAGGAGCGGGCUGCGGAGGGUUGGAAAUCGUGAGGUGGCGCCAGCGGAUGGCUGUUAAGGAAGGGGGUUUGGGUGGGAAAGGAAGCGCGCGCGUCAUUUGGGGCAUGAGGAGAGCUUUGGGCGAUGUGUUGGGCUCCUUUGUGAUGGGAGAGUGGGUUGAACGUCCAUCUGAUCGCGUGUAUUACGAGCGAUUAUUUCAGGUCCAUAGACAGUUCCUGUCGUGAGCGCGUGAGCAUUGCUGCGUGGCGGGCAUGAUGCCCUCCCAUGGGGGACAUGCGGGGCACUGAUCCCCGUGGAUACUGGAAACGGCCAGAGUAGUAAGGAGCUAAACAGUAGCGGCAUAUCGUGGAUUCUGCGAGUCGAACGGAGAAACAAAAGGGGAUCUUGAAGGUCGGGCUUCAUGGCGUUGAGGGCCUCAUGUCCUCUUGGGCCUUACAAGGGAGACCAGUCGAUGGACUACUCCCUGGGUCUUCUACAUGUGAAGAGAUGUCCGUCUUGAGUGAGGAGUGAGGUCACAUAGCGCCACAAGCCUGUGAACUGGGCUAUUGCAAGAUAUGUGCAAGUUCUUCUUCUUCUUCUUGCCAAUACGUUAAUAAGAACCGUACUUCAUGUU